GCGCUCACUUCCGGGAGAGCGGGGAGCUCUGGCCACCGCCCGCUCGCAGCUGCCAGCUCGCUGGGGCCGGGGAGCCUGUGAGCGCGCAGGCCAGGCCGCAGCCCAGUAUCUGUGCAGCUCGGGCCACGGUCUGUCACCAUGGGGGCGUCGGGGAGGCUGCUGCGCGCCGUGAUCAUGGGGGCCCCGGGCUCCGGCAAGGGCACCGUGUCGUCGCGCAUCACCAAACACUUCGAGCUGAAGCACCUCUCCAGCGGGGACCUGCUCCGCCAGAACAUGCUGCAGGGCACAGAAAUUGGUGUGCUGGCCAAGACUUUCAUUGACCAAGGGAAGCUCAUCCCAGAUGAUGUCAUGACGCGGCUGGCCCUUCACGAGCUGAAAAACCUCACCCAGUGUAGCUGGCUGUUGGAUGGGUUUCCAAGGACACUUCCACAGGCAGAAGCCCUGGAUAAAGCUUACCAGAUAGACACAGUGAUAAACCUCAACGUGCCCUUUGAGGUCAUUAAACAACGCCUUACAGCUCGCUGGAUCCACCCUGCCAGUGGCCGGGUGUACAACAUUGAGUUCAACCCUCCCAAAACUGUGGGCAUUGAUGACCUGACAGGAGAGCCACUGAUUCAGCGCGAGGACGACAAACCAGAGACGGUGAUCAAGAGACUAAAGGCGUAUGAAGCCCAGACAGAGCCAGUCCUGCAGUAUUACCAGAAAAAAGGAGUGUUGGAAACAUUCUCUGGAACGGAAACCAACAAGAUCUGGCCCCAUGUAUAUGCUUUCCUACAGACGAAAGUUCCAGAAACUACCCAGAAAGCCUCUGUUACUCCCUGAGGAGGGCAGUAAUUAGCAGGAUGAAACAGGACCUCCUUGCCCCACCUUGGCUCUGUUUUUUGAAGCUCUUUCCCUAAGACCUCUGAAAAUUAUGACUUAUUCCUAAUGGCUUUCUUCUGGAUGUUACUAAGGAUGUGCCAAUGAGUCAGACACUAAGUAAGGCGAUCUGUUAAAAUAACCUCGAAUGUUUAAUCUGAAUGUUUAAUCUAGUUGUCUUCUGUGAAUGUGCAAUUAGAAAACAUCAGAGAUGUUGAAACUUAAAGAAAAAAAAAUCAGAGCCCAAUUAAAAGAGCAACUGGUAAUCAUCUACCCUCCUGUUCAGUUAGCCAAUCGAUCACAUUUUUUUUUUUCUGGAAAAGUUAAAAAAAUAAUUACAUAUCACUUGAGGCAGAUAAAUAUCUCAUUAAAGGCUUUUGCAUAAGCCAGUGCCUCAUCACAACCCAAAAAAUGUUUCCUAGCUCCAUGAAAUGUAUUUGGGAAGACUGUCUAUAGAUGCCAGAAAGCAACUGGCUUUAUUUACAGAUGCAAACUCACUGCUGCCUUUACAGGAAAAAGCGAGGGCACAGCCACCAUGCUGUGUCCUCUAUUUACUAAGUUUCCAAUUUGCUAUGAAAAUGCAGCCAUUGGCACUUAAGAACAUGUGACUUUGAUAUGGCUUGUUUUCUUUUCCAAGCAUGCACAUACUGAGGGGUAUGAUUUAUGUACUGGCAAACAGCAGUGGAUAGUCCUACGUCCUCACGUGCCACUCAGGCUGAGGACUAUGUCUCAGCCUCUCAAGUGCUGGGAUCACUGUGCACUACCAGUUGCCACUCUGCUUCAAAGGGAAACAACUCUUGUACUAUCUAAGCAGGCUCCUUGUCUGCCUACAGCACUGUGGCUCCAACUCAGCCUUGUGUGCUGGGCAAGCACCCUUCCAGUGUGCUGUCUCUCCAGCCUUUAGUCUUUUCUUUUUUCUUUUGUGGUUUGUUUGUUUCUUAAGACAGGAUCUCAUUAUGUAGCUCUGGCUGCCCAGGAACUAUGUUAGCAAGGCUGGCUUCUAACUCACAGAGAUUCACCUGUCUCUGCCUCCCAAGUGCUGGGAUUAAAGGUAUGGGCCACCACAGCUAGCCCCAGCCCCUAGUUUUUGAGACAGGGUUUCACUAUGUAGCCCAGGCUAGCGUGAAAUGAUGUAGUCCAAGCUGGCCUCGUGUUCAUGACCCUCUUGUUUAAACCUCCAAGUGCUUAAAUUACAGGUGUGUACCACUAAGCCAGGCCUGAGAAGCCAAUCUAAACUUUGGUCCCUUUAGAUUCCUUAGUAGGACAUUUCCUUAUAUAUUGUGGCCCAAAGUGAGGAAAAAAAAAAAAAAAAAAAAAAAAAAAAACUACCUUCAAGGAAGAUGUACUCUUUAUUUUACUUGGUGCUAAAUCAAAGAAGCCCUUGCCCAAACCUUGGCAAUUUUGGCCUGUUUUAUUUCAGACACUUAAGUACAGAUGCCAGCAGGUGGUUCUUACAUACCUGGGAGUGGGGGGAGGAAUGUUUGAUUUUCAAAUUUCACUGUUGAUCUUUCAAGAUGGACUAGGCCUUUAAACAGGAUACCAAUGAACAUCUUGUCCUUUAUCUAAGUGUUUCUAGAAUGCCUUAUCUGAACGCUGGUAACUGCUUUCUAACAGUGUUGUGAACUACCUAAAUUUAGGACUGACCAUCAGGUUCUGUUACAGCACUGUGGCUGUCGUCCGUUGCCCUCCAACCCCCUUCAUGUCUGUUGUUGUGGCUGCUCACUGGCUUCUUUCUAAUGAAUUGUCUUCCAAUAGCACCUUUCUAAUAAACAGGUCUUCAAACAA